GGGGGUCUCCUGAGCGGGAGAGCUUGGAUGGAGGAUCUGUGGAAGCACCACAGUCGACCGCAGCAAUCGUUUGGCGGAGCUCAGGUCAAUGCGGCCAAUGCGGCUGGCACCGUGAGCCAGCUGAAUCAUCCGCCUCACCAUCACCAUCAUCCCUUCGUCGCGCAGGAGGUGUGCGUGACAAUCCGGCAGGAGACACUGGGCGCCAAUCAUCUCAUCAACUUCGGCGGCCUGGAAGGAGGCCUUAAGCAGCAGCAGUCGAUUCGUAGCAGCGAUCAAGGCAGCAAUCAGCUGCUAGCUCUCGUCCAGCAGCAGCAACAGCACCAUCAGCAGCACUCUCUCCAUCACUCGGCCGGAGGGAUCGUCACUUCUCAUCAUCCACACUUGCAACAUCAUCUAGUUUCCUCCACUGCGAGUGCCAAUGCUGCCGUGCCUUGGUCUGGCGUCCAGGAGCUCCAUCCCGCUACUACCAAUCGUGCCCUUCUCACCGACGUUGCUACCACUGCUUCUCUGGACCGGGACUUGGGCUUGCUCAAGAACAGAUCAAGGACCAAGAAAUCCGACGUCGACUUCUUCAAGGACAGCUCUUUGUCUCGAUCAACCUAUGACGCCCAGACUAGCUGCUCUACAGACUUUCGAAACCAGCAGCAGCUCCACGGACAGGCGCUGCUACCUCCACAGAGAAAAUCUAUCAACAGCGCGAACUCUACUUCGCAUGCCUUCCCGGCGGGUCUGCGAGUAUACACUCCCGGCGCUCAAGGAUUGAUCGCCAAUGGAGAGCUGCUUCUCACUGAUAGGGGUCGGCUGGAGGUGGUGUGUUUGUGUCACGGCUGCGCGAUGACAGUUGCCAAGUUUGUCCAGCAUGCUGGUUCUCAUUCUGUCAAUCCCGGCAAUGCUGUCUACUUGGAAACGGGGGAGACACUAGUCCAGUGGCGCAGAAAAGUCUUUACACGAGUCGGGGUUCCUGUGCCGGAUGAUGAAGCUGGAUGGGACUCUGGUGAUGGAAGUGAAACGAGUAGAAACGUACACACUCCUAAAUUGCCUGAAACUUUUACCAGUUGCCAGCCCGUUCAGAUGACAAACCUCCCUGCGAGUCUGAACUAUGGGAAUUACCAGGACGCUGUUUUCCAAGGCUGCAACAGAAGCUCGAAAGGCGCUGAGCUUCUUUCACCGCAGUUUCAACGGAUUGUGGGUGCCGUCAAGCCAAUGCAUUUCGACUUCAUCAAUGGUGGUCGAGCCUAUUCGUCCGCUGAACAACAGCUUGGUUUGCGGGAAAGGAUCUUGCAUUCUGAUCAAGCAAGGAAACCUUGGGACGAGAACGUCAGACAGGACAAGGACAGUUUUGCGUCGAGCUUUGAGUUGAGGCUGGGGCAGCCGUCACAGCAAGCACAGAAAGCAGGAGCAUCAUUCGGCACAGCCUUCCGGUCACAGAUGCAGACUACAGAGAUGGAUCAGCCAACCUCACUCGUUUAUGAAAGAGCGUAUCAAAAGAUUGAUGCCAGCCUUCACCCGGGAUCAGUACAUGGCUAUGGUUUCCAGCCACAGCAAGAUGUUCAGCAGUUUACCCAACAACAACGACUGGAGAAAAUCAACGUUGUGAACUUCGGUCACUAUGGCCCGGCCGCAUUGGAAAGAACAGUACUCAGUGAGAGGACAAAGUUCUGGACGGAGCCACCAAAUCAGAAUGGGAACAGAGUUUCGUCAGAGCAUGGGGACUCUUUCUACCAGUUAAAACCUCACGUGCCAGAAAACUCGCUUGAACUGCUAUCACAGUCACAGAUGAAGCAGAGAAUGGUGAGUCAUCGGCUGCUUAACGACGUUGUUGGAUUUACUCAGAUGGAUAGUCAGCAAUACGUCUCACAAGAAUGCUCUCAAGUGGGAUGGUCCAACAAUGGGACUCGGUAUUUGCAAAGUAAAGAGAAGGAGGUGGUACACUGCUUUGGGGGUGAUGGGACCCGGGCUGCACCCGCACCCCAGGAAACUUUGGCGUGCCGAAUGAGCAGUAGUAGCUGUAUACAGCAACAGGGUAUGGAACACAAAGCAACAGGAUCUGUGCUCGAUGGACAGGAAGCUCUUCAGAUCGGCGAGCAAUUUAGAACCAAAGCACGUUUAUGUGACAUCGGGAGAGCUGAAACAGAACCAGCGAAUCCUUCGAUUGCCACUCCAGGAAAAAGUGCUUUGGAUCACAAGGCGACAGUGGAGCAUCCAUACAUUGUCGACGAAGCAAACAGAAACUCUACCGCGCUCUUAGUACCAGGUGAAAGAAAUAGUCAUGCCACCAGCUCGCAAAAUCUGACAAGGGAUAGUCUUCUAGAGGGGAAACCAGGCCAGCACCACGAAGAUACAUCGUCAAUUAUACCGGCAAAUUCUGGGCUACUAGUAUCGGUUGGUGAAAAUGAGUUGCCUACAGGCGCAGUUCAUUCGGAAAAAAACGUGCCGCUUGAAAAUGGUUCCUUUGCGUGGAACGCCCCUGCAAAGCCGUGUGAUGGCUUAGAAGUCCCCAGUGAAACCACGGGUGAAGGCAUUCUAGCUGGCAAGACCACCUCACUCGAGGACGAGGAUGAAACUAGCGAGGUUUCAACUAAAAGCUCGGAGAACGUUGCGAGUUUUUCAGAUGCACACGACGACGUGAAUGAUGAAGCCUCGACACUGGAGUCGGAGAGCCGAGAGCAUGACUUAAUUGAUGAAGGCUCGGGUAUUGGAAAAUCCAGCUCCGAAAAGUUUGAAGCUGGAGAUACUCGGGAGUUAUCACUCUCACCAAGCGACCGCUCUUCCAGCGAGGCUAAUGAGUCCGUCAUGAUAGAAGGGUUGCAAGAAGUGCAACAUGAAGACAAGGUUGAAAGAAGAGGCCGGAAAAAGGUGGCGAGCCUCAACGACACAAUCAUGGCUAGGAAUUCCAAGGGUAAUGAUUCAGGCGUUUCCGAGCUCCCUGCUUCGAACCGACGGCAGCAAAGGGAUGAUGAGGAACAAAACACCGCUCUAUGUAAGCUUACACCGAAGCAAAAGCGAUCGAGAACAACUGUGAGGAAGACCCGUUCUGCAUCUCUCCUUCUCAAGGACUCGCACGGCGACAUAGCCGGGGGGAAGCAGAAAAACACUCUCUUGAAAAUCAAAGUUAAGAGUCGAGACCCACCAGCCGGCACAGACGAACAGGAUUCCGACAGUAGCGAUCAAAGAAAACACAACCGGACGGGGAACGGUGGAAACGGGAAGAUGAUGUCAAUGAAGUCGAUAAUGAAGCACGCAACUGAACGGAGAAUCAGUCUGGAAGGAUUUCCCCGUUUUUCAAAGAAUGCUGAAGGACAGGGGUGUAAGGAAGAUGGUGGUGCUCUACGCAAAGAGAUCCGCAAGCGUAAGCUGUCUGAGCUCAAUUCGUCAAUACCUGACCCUUCUGCAAACGUAACUUGUCGGCCUUUCAGAGUGGGACAAAGUAUCAUUCCUCGUGGUGAAAGGUCUCCAAGAGGAGCUACCAGGAAAACGAAGUCUCUAGCAACUGAAGAUGAUUCCCAAAGACAGACAUCGUCGGUUGCGAAAAAGAAACUGGAGUCAGGGCAGACAGGGAAGAGCUCAUUAGCAGAAACCGAAGGCGUAAAGCGAAGGAGGACUACGAAUCACCAACAAACAACCUCUACUUUCAGCGGCAGUCGUGAACCUGGAACAACGCAGACAGUAAAACUGAAGUGUGUAGAAGAUGAGUUGGAGCUGAAGAAGCAUUGCAAGAAGGCUCAACCUGUCAAGGAAAACGCUUGCUCCGUUUGUGGGAGUUCAAAGUCCGAAUCACACAAUCAGCUCAUCUACUGUAGCGCGUGUCCAGUGAAGGUCCAUCAAGCUUGCUACGGAGUUCCUAAGGUUCCAAAGUCCUCGUGGACGUGCCGUCCAUGCAAGUCCGAAGUCGAGAACAUCGUGUGUGUCCUCUGUGGAUAUCGCGGCGGGGCGAUGACUCGAGCUCAAAACGCGCAGACCGUCGUGAAGGGACUACUUAAGGCAUGGAAGGCCGGAAGCGGUGAACGGCCCAAGCCCGGGCUUAAGCAGGUACGCCGAUCGGAGAGAAACAGCGCCAGGGAAAUCGAAGAAGUCAGCAACACCAUCACGGCUUCCGUGAGUGAUCCGAGCGUCGCACAAUGGGUUCAUAUGGUGUGCGCCCUGUGGAUGCCCGGGACGAGGUGCCUCAACCUUGGAACGAUGGGGAUGUUCGACGUAUCUGGAGUUUCGGUUUCCAGGAGACGACUGACUUGCACCAUAUGCAAACGAGAAGGUGGCUCCUGUAUUCAGUGUCACGAGGCGAAGUGUGCUGUUCCUUUUCAUGCCUGGUGUGCUCAUUCCAAGGGCUUGCUCCAGAUCGAAACUGUGAACGACACGGAUGGCCACGUUCGUUUCCAUGGAAAAUGUAUAAACCAUGCAGAAGCGAGCGUCUUAGAGUCGAGACGCAAUAGCAAGUGUGCGCGAGCAGAGGAAUACAAUGGCAAACCCAGUUUCGACGAUUUGAGAAAGCCGACCAGAAAGGACUCGCAAAAGACUUGAGAGAUUAUUUCCAGCUCGCUUACUAGACUGUAUAUUUUAAAUCGUCUUGCUCUCGCCAGCAAGACGUGUUGGCUGUCUGGGGAAACUGAAUAGAUAUUUUUACUUAGUGAACAAA